UCGAGAUGGCAACGCCAAUCGUGAGCGCCGCGACGGGGGUGAUGAACCCCCUCAUCAGCAAGCUCACCACGUUGAUGGGAGACAGGUACAAGAAACUCAAAGGAGCGAGGAAGGAGGUGGCUUUUCUCAAGGACGAGCUCAGCGCCAUGAACGCUGCCCUUGAGAAGCUGGAGUUCAUGGAAAAGCUCGAGCCAGAUACCAAGAACUGGAGGGACCAUGUCAGGGAGAUGGCCUACGACAUGGAGAAUUGCAUCGAUGACUUCAUGCAGGAUAUUGGAGGUGCCGAUGCCAACGCCGGUGCUGGCUUCGUCAAGAGGACUGCUCGGCGCCUGAAGACACUGCGGGCGCGUCACCGGAUUGCUGGCAAGAUCCAUGAGCUCAAGGCUCUUGCAGUAGAGGCGAACGAACGACGAAUAAGGUACAAGAUUGAUGAUUGCAAUACUAGUUGUGGCUUUGUGGAUAUUGAUCCUCGGAUUUCAGCGAUCUACAAAGACGCUGCUGGACUUGUGGGUACUGAUGACCCAAAGAAGGAGGUUGCCAAUUUGUUGACAGUCACCGAGAAGAAGCUCAAGGUAGUGUCCAUUGUGGGAUUCGGAGGAUUGGGUAAAACUACACUUGCUAAUCAGGUGUAUGAUGAUCUUGAAGGGCAAUUUGACUCUAAGGCAUUUAUUUUCGUCUCCCAAAAACCAGACAUGACACGGCUACUCAAUAGCCUAAGAGUAAAGCUUGGGACAAAUGUGUCAUCUGGUACUUGUGAGGUGCAAGAUAUCAUCGGCCAAAUUAGAGAACACCUUGCAAACAAAAGGUAUAUUAUUAUAGUUGAUGACUUGUGGGAUCAAGGAGCAUGGGAGAUUAUAAGAUGUGCCUUCCCAGAAAAUGGCAACGGAAGUAGAGUAAUAGUAACCACACGACUGGAAGGCGUUGCAAUCUCAGCAUGUUCUUAUCACUGUGAGCACAUUUACAGAAUGAAGCCCCUCAGCUCUGAAGAUUCGAGAAAGUUAUUCAUGAACAGAGUAUUUGGGUCCGAAAACAUGUGCCCAUCUAAUUUUGAAGAAGUUUCAAAUGAAAUUUUGAAGAAGUGUGGUGGAUUGCCACUGGCAAUUAUUACUAUAGCCAGCCUCUUAGCAUGUCGUCAAGAAAGAUCAAGAAAUGACUGGGAGAACAUACAGAGUUCUCUAGGUGCCCAUUUUGCCAUAAAUCCCACACUGAAAGAGAUGAGGAGUAUAUUAAACCUCAGCUAUGUGAAUCUUCCUCUUCAUCUCCGCACUUGUUUUCUUUACCUUGGCAUGUAUCCAGAGGACUAUGAGAUUAUGAGGGAUGAUCUAGUCCAAAAAUGGGUAGCCGAAGGCUUUGUCAGUAAUUUGCAUGGAACGAAUUUGGAGGAUGUUGGAAUAAGUUAUUUCAAUGAGCUUGUCAACAGAAGCCUAAUUCAGCCUGUAAUGGUUCAAUACGGGGGAGUGCAUUACAAAAUACAUGAUAUGAUGCUGGAUUUGAUCCUAAGCAAGUGUGCAGAAGAUAAUUUUAAUACUGUGGCAUAUACUUCUGAAGACAUGACAAGACUGCGUGACUGCACGUACAAGAUCCGUCGGUUAUCCCUGAUCUCAACUGUUGAUAUAACAACAAGAGAAACAAUAUCAUGGACAGUUUCGGAUAGCACAUCACAAGUUCGGUCAUUGAUAUGGUUUGGCAAUUGCAAGUCCAUACCUCGUCUUUGUCUGUUAAAGUAUAUCCGUGUGUUAUGCUUUGAAUAUCCAAUGAUGAGAGGGGCUUCACGUCUCGACCUUACUGCUAUCAGCCAAUUGUUUUGGCUGAGGUAUUUGAGGGUUUCAUACCCUCACUAUGCAAAGCUUCCCACUGAAAUUCAGGGGCUUGUGCAUUUGGAUACCAUGGAUGUAGCAUAUGGAAGCGUCCCGUCAGACAUAGUGCACUUGCCCCGCUUGUCUAAUCUGACAAUGGGUAGUUGUGGGACCAUAGGGCUACCUGAAAGGAUUGGGAUCAUGGAAUCACUUCGCACACUCAAUGGUUUCAGACUGGAGAUGAGUUCACGGGAGGCUAUUGAGGGCAUCGGUAAGCUGACUAAUCUGAGGAGUCUGUGCCUUGGUAAGCGUAGUCAGUGCAAUCUGGAGAAGGUGAAGGUUGAUGCUUUGGUAUCUUCCAUUUGUAAGCUACGCAACCUCAAAUAUCUCCAGAUAACAGGCCCUCACAAUGAUAAGGAUGACGUUAUAGGCUCAAUUUCAGAUCCGCCUGUCCUUAUCGAGCAAAUGGACCUUGGCAUGUGGAGGUUUUUGAGAUUUCCUAAAUGGAUCGGUGAUCUCCAUUGCCUGCGUAGCCUGGAAGUAUCUGUUAGCAAGACGAAAACUAAUGGGAUUACUAUUAUUGGAGGACUGCCAUCCCUUGUGGAUCUCGUCCUUAGAGUUGUGGCAUGCCCUAAAGAAGAGGCUUUAAUCAUCAGCAAGGGCUUAUUUCCAGUUCUGGAUCGCCUUAGAUUUUCUGAUGAAGAUGUUACAUCAUAUCUGGGUUUCGAGGCAGGAGCUAUGCCCAAGCUACGAGAACUCAGUCUGGAACUCAGCGCGCCGGAGUGGGGUGGAGCUACACCAGCCGGCAUGGAGCACCUCUUAGCCCUCGAGCGAAUCAGUUUAUUUGUAGUCUGCGCGAAGAAGGAAUCUCCUAAACAAGUGAAUCUUGAAGUUCAGUCUGCGUUUAGGAACGCCGUGCAGCUGCACCCAAGGCCUCCUUCCGUGGACAUUGAUUUGCUUCAUUUGCCUUCUUACUGAGGGACGGACUACCUGCACUGAGCAAUCUAUUUGUAUGGUCUCUACUGUAAUACUCCCUCCGUUCCCAAAUAAUUGUCCUUCUAGCCACCUUAAGUGGACUACAACAUACGGAUGUAUGUAGACAUGUUUUAAGUGUAGAUUCACUCAUUUUGCUUCGU